AUGACUUCGCGUGAGGAUUUUACGUACCUGGCCAAGCUGGCUGAGCAGGCGGAGCGCUACGAGGAGAUGGUUGAGAACAUGAAGAAGGUGACCGAGCUGGCCGACGAGCUGACGGUCGAGGAGCGGAACCUGCUUUCUGUCGCGUACAAGAACGUUAUUGGCGCUCGCCGCGCGUCUUGGCGCAUUGUUGCCUCUAUUGAGCAGAAGGAAGAGUCCAAGGGCAACACCCCACAGGUCGCACUGGUCAAGGAGUAUCGGCAAAAGAUCGAAAAAGAGCUCGCCAACAUCUGCAAUGACAUUCUGCAAGUUCUUGAAAAGUAUCUCAUCCCCAGCGCUGAGAGCGGCGAGUCCAAGGUCUUUUAUUACAAGAUGAAGGGUGAUUACCUCCGUUAUCUUGCCGAGUUCGCUGUUGGGCAGCAGCGCGAAGACGCCGCAAACGAGUCCCUCAAGUCAUACUCCACUGCUGCCGAGGCUGCAAAUUCCGAACUGGCCCCCACGCACCCCAUCCGUCUGGGCCUGGCCCUCAACUUUAGUGUCUUUUACUACGAGAUCCUUAACUCGCCCGAAAAGGCCUGCAAGCUGGCCAAAGACGCCUUCGACCAAGCCAUUGCAAAGAUUGAUGUGCUCUCCGAAGAGUCGUACAAGGAUUCCACUCUCAUCAUGCAGCUGCUUAAAGAUAACCUCAUGCUCUGGACUGGCGACAUGACUGAGGUCGCGCCCGAAAAGGCCCCCGACGGUGCACCCAAAGAGGAGGCUCCUGCUGCUGAUGCAGAGUAA